AUGGGUUUGUUGGAGCGCUUGGAAUGGGUGAAUGAUUACAGCAAGAAGCGUUGCAGGAGCUUGUUUUGGAGGGUGCGGGCUGCGCUCAAGAAAGCUCUGAAGAAUGGGGGCAAGCAGCGCCUCAAGUUCCAAUAUGAUCCUUCCAGUUAUGCGCUCAACUUCGAUGAUGGCUUUUGCGCGGCCAAGAAAUUCAUUGGAGAUGCACGACUCAUGGAGCUCACUGACAUCAACAACACCACCACCACCUUGGUUUAUGUGCUUUGGGAGUAUGAAACCACCGGAAGAACUAUCUACGAGGAAAUGGAUAUCGAUUUCAGUAAAUAUCUUUAG